AUGGCGACAAUGAAGUGCAUCUUAGGCCUCCUGGCCCUGCUUGCAGUCUCAGCCUGGACUGAGGCGGGGAUUGUGAUGCAAGCGAGCGGUGACAAUGAUGCUGACAAUGACCCAACCGUCACGGAUCAGCUGGAGAAUGCCAACAAAGAUCUCAGUAAGGUCUACAUUCCCUAUGCCAUUGCUAACCACUACUCCUCUAAGGAGCUGGAUGUCAUCCAGAGAGGCAUCAACUCCUUCUCCUACUCCACCUGCAUCCGCUUCUACCCCCGCCGCAAUGAGAGGGACUACAUCUACAUCCAGUCUCUGGAAGGAUGCUACUCUUUUGUUGGUCGCCAGGGCAACACCCAGACCUUGUCUCUGAGCCGUCGGGGCUGCAUUUACUAUGGUACAGUCCAGCAUGAGCUGCUGCAUGCCCUCGGCUUUAACCAUGAGCAGUGUCGCUCCGACAGGGAUCAGCACAUCCGGGUCCUGCUGCAGAACAUUAUCAAAGGUCAGGCAUACAACUUCAACAAAAUCAACACUCUGAACCAGGGGACUCCAUACGACUACGGCUCGGUCAUGCACUACGGCAGGCUGGCUUUCUCCAAGGACAACCAAAGCCCCACCAUGGUGGCUGUUCCAAACCCCAAAGCUGUGUUUGGCACGGCCAGGCAGAUGAGCCAGAACGACAUCAACCGCAUCAACCUGCUGUACUGCAGGAACUAG